AUGAAUCAGUGUCCAGACCAGCUAUCAGCCCCCAAGCCACCCAAACCACUCUCCAGUUCUCAGACUCCUCAACACACCUACAAGGCUGAGGAUCUGAAUUCUUCAUCACAAGCCAUGUACCCAACGGAUGCAGAGGAGAGCUUGGUAACCAUCGUAGCACUGCCUGCCUAUGUGAUGCUGAGGAUAUUCUCCUUCCUGUGCAUUCCAGAGAGGAUUCGAAUUUCCAGAGUUUGUAAGCUUUGGAAGAUGCUCGUGGAGGACUUUUCACUAUGGAGACAUGUGGACCUGACAUCGAUGAUGGUAAAAGCCCCUGUUGCAAGGCAUCUCUUCCAGAGAUACUUGGGAUCAGGACUCCAGUCAUUGAGUUUGGGCGGCUAUCUGAUCUCUGGCCUGAACGGUGUUAAAUACACUCCAGUUUUGAUUAAGGAAGUUGGGAGGAGGUGUCCUCACCUGACCAGACUGGAAGUACACAUUGCAUUCCUGAGGACACUUCCCAUCACUAAACUGCCCCAGUCCCUGAGGAGUCUGGAACUGCACAGCUGUGAGAUUUCCAGGACAUGGCUUCUCGAGGAAAGUGACUUCUCCCCACUGCCAUUUUUGCAGCACCUUGUCCUGGAUUGUGUCCCUGCAUUCAAUGACAGGCAGUUAAAGGCCUUGUCCAGGCUGAAGGCACUGUGUUCCCUGGAGCUGGUGGGCCUUCCUCUAGUCUCUGACGAGGGGCUCAUGGUGGCUCUCACUGAAGUUAAUGGCCUCUACAACCUAAAAGUAGUGAACUGCUCCUUCUCAGCAGAUGGGCUCCUGCAAGCAGUGGGCCAGCAUCUUCAGAAGCUACAAAAGCUCAUUAUCAGUGUGAAGGGACUCACAACCAAAGGAUUGUCUCAACUAGAAAGGAUGGAUUCACUGCAGUACUUGGAACUAAAUGGUCCUUUCACCAGAAAAGACUUCCUCUCUACUACUCACAUCCUGUCUGUUGGCCUUAAGAUGCCCAGACUCCAUACCUUCAAACUCCUAGAAUCUACACCCCAGACCAGGGGUAUGAGUAGGCCAUGGCUCAUCUCUGGGAAAUGA